AUGGGAAAAAAGAACUUUAGAAAAAACAAAGGUGGCCAAAAGAAGUUCGGCGGUCGUUCAGGCUCGAAUAAGAGAAGCGAAAGCUGGACCGAAGUCGAGAGGGAGAAUGCUAAAUGGGAAGCCUACUAUAAGGCAAUGAAGAUCGUUCCCGAAGAUGAGUGGGAUACGUUUAAGAAACAUUGUCAGGAGAACUUGCCCUUGACAUUCAGAGUCACCGGGUCCAGAGCUCAUGCUAAUGAGAUCAACCAGAAUUUCAUCGAAAAUCAUGUGUCCAAGUUGCAAGACACCGAGUUUGAAGGAGUUAAGUUGGCACCUAGAAACUUGUCGUACUAUCCAAAUAAGUUGGGAUGGCAGUUAGAUGUCCCCAAAACCGUCAUCAGAAAGAAUGAGCAGUUUGCUGCCACCCAGAGGUUUUUGGUUUUGGAAACUGAGGUGGGAAACAUCAGUAGACAAGAAGCUGUGUCGAUGAUUCCUCCAUUGUUAAUGGACAUCAAACCUCAUCACGCGGUUUUGGAUAUGUGUGCUGCUCCUGGUUCCAAGACUGCCCAGUUGGUGGAAGCCUUGCAUGCCAACGACGAAACUGAAUUGCCCACCGGCUUUGUGUUGGCCAAUGAUUCAGACUACAAGAGAUCCCAUAUGUUGGUUCAUCAGGUCAAGAGAUUAAACUCUGCCAACUUUGUGGUUGUUAACCAUGAUGCCCAAUUAUUCCCAAGAAUCAAGCUCAAUAAUUCGAACGAGUUCCUCAAGUUUGACAGAAUCCUUUGUGAUGUUCCUUGUUCUGGUGACGGUACUAUGAGAAAGAAUGUUAAUGUCUGGAAGGAUUUUACCGUUGGAAACGGCUUGGGGUUGCACUCUUUGCAAGUGAACAUUUUGAGCAGAGGAUUACAGUUAUUGAAGAAGGGAGGAAGAUUAGUGUACUCCACUUGCUCCUUGUCACCUGUUGAGAAUGAGGCUGUUGUAGCAUCUGCUUUGAGAAAAUGGGGGACCCAAAUCAAGGUUGUUAACUGUCAAGACGAAUUGCCAGGUCUUGUUAGGCGUCAAGGUCUCAGCAACUGGCAGGUAUUUGGAAAGGAUAUGGAGUUGAAAGAAAAAGGUGCAGAAGGAAUUCCCGAAACCGCUUUCGCUCCUACUGAAGAAGAAGCUCAGCAAUUCGGUUUGGAAAACUGCAUUAGAGUCUACCCUCAUUUACAAAACACCGGUGGUUUCUUCAUCGCUGUGUUUGAGAAGGUCAACCCAGACGGAGCUUCUGAAGAAGGUCCAGUUGCUAAGAAACAAAAGGUGGAAGAUGGUGCCAAUGGUGAUUCAGCACCUCAGAAGAAGGAAAAGUUACCAAGAAAUGCUAACGAAGAACCGUUCAUUUUCCUCGAUCCAAAGCAUCCAGAAUUAGAAAAGUGCUGGCCAUUCUAUGGAUUCAAAGAGGAGUUCCCUAAGGACUGUACUCUUGUGAGAAACGCCACCGGAGAACCUUUGAGAACCAUUUACUAUGUUUCUCCUAUUGUCAAGGAGAUCUUGACCAUCGAAGACCAAAAGUUAAAGCUUAUUCACGGUGGGAUCAAAUUGUUUGUGGCCCAGAGAAACGAUACUGGUAACUGUGCUUGGAGAGUUCAAAACGAGUCUUUAGUGACUCUCAGAUCUUACUUGACCGACACCAGGCAAGUGUCGGGUAAUUUGAAGUUGUUAGAGUUUUUGUUCCAGGAAGCGUUCCCAAAGAUUAGUGUGAUCAGAGACACCAACAUCGACAAGGAAUUUUCCGAUAAGCUUGACCAGUUUGGAGAAGGAUGUGUUUUUUUGACGGUGAAGAGAGAUGGUCCAAAUGAAGAAGACUUAUUUUUGCCUUUAUGGAAGGGUAAGGCCAACGUAAACUUGAUGGUGAAUAAAAAGGAUACUCAAGAAUUACUUAUGAGACUCUUCAACAUCGCCACCACUGCCAAAGAUGAAGGGAAAGAAGCCAUCUACCAAAGAAAAGCAGAAGAAGAUAAAUUGGCCCGUAGAGAAGCCGAAGCUGCCAGUGUCACUGCCUCAGAAGAACCUGAAGAAGCAUCAGAAGCCAAAUAA